AUGCUAUUUGUAUUGACACCGAGAGUUACAAUCGCUCGUCCGAGUAAUCCUCGCACGUUUUUGGACGAUAUGGAUCCUGCUUCAAUUUUCGAAGAUGCACUUAAAGGUCUGGCAACUAAGGAUGUCGAUAGUGUGGAUAAAUCAGGUGACAAUCUGCAAGCGUCCUUUAAUGGUCCAAGUAAUUUUCCAAGAUCCGGACCUUACAUCACGUAUCCUGACAACACUCCACAGUUACCUUCCGCACAAUACAAUCAAAAAGCUUCAGAUGAAACUCCUAAUGCUUCUCAAAAUGACAUAAUUCUCAGUGCGCUCAUAAACGCUGGAAUUGCUCCAUCCUCUUUGAAACCUCAAGAAGUUUACUCCAACACUCCUCCAGCUUCAGUUACUGUGAAUCCUAACGUCAAAGUCCUUAAUGCCCAAGGUACUACCAUACUUAGGGUUGUUCCAUCAAGAAAUGGCAGCAAUUCACCAGUUCAGCAAACUUAUUCUCCCCGAAUGGCUAGUCAGUUGUUAAAAAAACCCACUGAUAAUGGUCUUACAAUGCCUGGAAUUACUCAUGUGCCAAAUAUUAUACGGAAAAGACCUCCUUCACUCGUUGAAACUAGUCAACCUGUCUCGAAAAUCCGACGUGUACUUAAUCAUGGUCCGGUUGAUAGAGAUGUUAGCAAUCAGAUCACAGCUUUUCCUAAUGUGAGUACAGUUCAAACUGGCUUAAGUAAAUGGUAUGAGACUCCUAAUGUUUCAGGACCAUCGCUACCUCCUCAUUGUGUUCGUUUACCUAAUCAUACUCAACUAACUCCUAGAUCAUACCCAUUGAUAAAACGAGAUGAAGAUAUGGAUGAAGAUGAAGAUUUAGCUCAAGCGGAAACCUACUCUGAUUAUAUUCCGUCAAAAUUAAAUUAUGGACAAAAACAUCCAGAUCCUGUGGUCGAGUCCAGUUCCUUGUCUAGCGUCUCUCCUCCAGAUAUUCACUAUCGAUUGAUUCUUCCAGAUGAAGUUAUCGAUCGAGCAUAUCUUUCCGCUUUACAAUUAGAAGCAGUGGUUUACGCCUGUCAACGUCAUGAGUGUAUCUUACCAAAUGGUCAACGUGCUGGGUUCUUAAUUGGCGACGGGGCAGGUGUGGGAAAAGGUCGCACCAUUGCCGGAAUAUUAUAUGAAAAUUAUUUACGACAUCGUAAAAAAGCCAUUUGGCUAUCAGUUUCAAAUGAUUUGAAAGUCGAUGCUGAACGUGAUCUACGUGACGUUGGGUUGGGAAAAAUCAAAGUUCAUUCAUUAAACAAGUUUAAAUAUGCUCGUAUUUCGGGUAAAACAAAUGGGCGUGUAAAAAAAGGAGUAAUUUUUUCUACUUACUCAUCAUUGAUUGGUGAAAGUCAAGGUAGUGCAAAAGCGAAAUAUAAAACUCGUUUAAAACAACUUGUUCAUUGGUGUGGAAAAAAAUUCGAUGGUGUGAUUGUAUUUGAUGAAUGUCAUCGUGCUAAAAAUUUAACUCCUAGUGGUUCACAAAAACCUACAAAAACAGGUUUAACUGUGCUGGAAUUACAAAAUCGAUUACCGAAUGCUCGAAUUGUUUAUGCUAGUGCAACAGGCGCUACUGAACCACGUAAUAUGGCUUAUAUGACACGUUUAGGAUUGUGGGGUGAUGGAACACCAUUUAAAACAUUCAAUUCAUUCAUUCAAACACUUGAACGACGUGGUGUUGGUGCUAUGGAAUUGGUUGCUAUGGAUAUGAAAUUACGUGGAAUGUAUAUUGCACGACAGCUUAGUUUUCAUGGUGUAAACUUCAAUAUUAAUGAAGUGCUUAUAGAGAAUGUGAAGUUGGGUCAUGAAGAUUUUAUUCAUGUGUAUAAUCAAUCAACUGAUUUGUGGGUAUACGCAUAUCGAUUCUUCUCAGAGGCAUCACGUUUAUUAAAUCUAAGUGAUCGAUAUCGUAAAACUAUGUGGGGACAAUUUUGGUCUGCUCAUCAACGAUUUUUCAAAUAUCUUUGUAUUGCCGCGAAAGUGGAUACAUGUGUAGAUAUUGCUAAAACUGCAGUUGAAGAGGGUAAAUGUGUUGUGAUUGGUCUUCAGUCUACUGGUGAAGCUAAAACUCUAGAACAAGUUGAAGAAUAUGGUUUGGAAUUAGGCGAGUUUGUCUCAACAGCUAGAGGUGUGUUCCAGUGUCUGGUUGAAAAAUAUUUCCCAACGCCAACAAACGUGGAUAAUUUCUCUCUUAGAGGUGAUAAACUAGCAUCAGCUGGUGAUCGUAGCUCGAAUACAACUCUCAACAGAGCAGGACGUGCAAUAGCUGCUGGUCAAGGAAGUGGACUUGGUUUGAAAGAUAUUUUAGGUGAAAAAAUGCUUGCAAAGUUAGUUGCUGGUGGUAGUUUAUCUGGUUCAAAAUUGAGUGGUGAUUAUGAAGCGCCUAAUAAAACUGACGGUGUAGGAUCGGACUCUGAUGACGAUGAUGAUGGUAAUGAACAUUCUGAAGAGUCCGAUGAUGAUGAUGAUGAUGAUUCCGAUUUGAAUAAUCCUCAAAAAACCAAUGGAUGUAAUCUAUCCGAUGGUAAUUCAUCAUCGGAUUAUUACGACUCGGACCUUGAAGUGAACUCAAACAAUAAUUCCAAUCGAAAUCGAUCGAAAAAAUCAGAUUCUUCUAAAAAACAAUCACAUUCUGGUAAACGUAAACAAAAGUAUAAUCGAGCUGGUAGUUCACCGAAUUCAGAUGAUUCCGAUGAAGAUUGGGAUCCUGACGCUUUGUUCGAUAGCUUUCUGGCUCGUAAUAUGUCUCUGUCCAACUCGAAUCCCGAUAAUAGUGAUAUCAAGAAAUUCGAUGACAGUAAACACUUUGGAGAUGAUAUUUGGGGUGAUGAAUUGACUCGUAAAUUAUCACGUCAAUAUCUUAUGGGUCGUGGCUCAGGUGAUGCAAAUCAAUCACUUAUAGUGAACAGUGAAAUAAAGGUCUCUCCGGAGGAAGCUAAACGUCAGUGCACUGAAAUGCAAAGUUUACUUUUGCGUUUCAUUGAAAAACUUGGUCCAAAAUUACCUCCAAGUUCGCUUGAUGAGUUGAUUGAUAAGUUGGGCGGCCCCUCACGAGUUGCCGAGAUGACAGGUAGGAAAGGUCGUAUGGUGAUGGGAGAUGAUGGUCGCGUUUCUUACGAAUCUCGUCGUGAAAGUGACGUUAAUUUAGAAUUACUGAAUUUGACAGAAAAACAACGCUUCAUGGAUGGCGAGAAACUUAUUGCUAUUAUCUCUGAGGCUGCCAGCAGUGGUAUCUCUCUUCAGGCUGAUCGUAGAGCAUCCAAUCAACGCCGACGUGUUCACAUUACAUUAGAGCUUCCUUGGAGUGCAGAUCGCGCAGUCCAGCAGUUUGGUCGUACACAUCGAUCCAAUCAGGUUAGCGCUCCAAAAUAUAUCUUUCUGAUUUCCAAUUUGGCUGGUGAACAACGCUUUGCUUCAACAGUUGCCAAACGUUUGGAGUCUCUUGGCGCUCUUACACAUGGUGAUAGACGAGCUACAGAAACUCGUGAUUUAUCGCAGUUCAACUUGGAUACUAAACUUGGUCGAGAAGCUUUAGAACUAGUACUACGUGCUUGCAUUUGGGGUGACGAAGGUAUAGUUGAUCCUCCAAACGACUAUAUGACUGACACAUCUUUUGAUGUUACUGUUGAUCGUAACAGCUUAAAUGCUCAGUCUUUCUUCAACGAUGUUAAAGCUAGUUUACAAGGUGUAGGUUUAGCUACUGGUCGAUGUCGUGAAAAGGAUAGCAAUCAAAUGUCCAAAUUUUUAAAUCGUAUUUUAGGCAUGCGUGUUCAUAUUCAAAAUGCCCUAUUUCAGUAUUUUUCCGAAACAUUGGAAGAAGUUACCAGACGUGCUAAACGUGACAAUCGAUUGGAUCUUGGAAUUUUAGAUCUUGGUACUUCUGGUCAAAAUUUAGAAAUAACAUGGACAAAAAGUUUUGAUACGUGGUUCUUAUCAGAGUCUACACAAGUUCAUUUACAUAAAGUAACAGCUGAACGUGGUUUACCAUGGUCAGGUGCUAUGGAGAUAUAUACACAACAUGACGGUGUAAAUGAUGGAUUCUAUUUACCUUCUGUUAUUACAAAUAAUAAAAUUGUAAUACCUAUUUUAGCUGUCUAUGUAAAAACUCGUAAUUUACGAUCAGGUAAUACAUCAAAUUCAAAAUUAUAUCGUAUCUAUCGACCAAAUACCGGUAUGCAAGCACGACCUAUUGAAAUUGAAAAAUUACGCGAACGAUACACACGUGUUUCUAAUCCUUCCGAUUGUCAAGAGCCAUGGAGUCGUAUAUUUAAAGAAAGUGCUAAACGUUGUAUACAUAUGUUACUUCACGGGUUUUGUUCAUCAACUAUUCAAAGUCGAACAUUAUGUGAAGUUGGUUUACGAACACGUAAUUAUUAUGUUCUUAGUGGUUCAGUAUUAAAUGUAUGGGCUAGAAUUGAACCAUUCCUUCAGCUACGUUCAAAUUCUACUCGUUGUAUGCAAGUUGUCCGUCUCAAAUCAAAAGAUGGAAAACGUAUUAUUGGUUCACUUAUACCACAAGAAUGUGUUCAAGAUGUUUUAGCGUGUUUAUCACUACCUCCCGAGUCAGAGCAUGCAUUAUCUUCUAAUGAUAGCUUUGAUAAAAAGCGUGCUACUUUACCUCAUAUGGAUGAUUCUUCCGGUAUUUCAAAUAACAAUUACAUGUUAUCUCCUCAUAUUCCUAAUGUUCCUUGGCCUAGAAAUCAAAAUUUAACUGCAAAACCAACUCAACAAUCUAGAUUAUAUAGUGGUCGAUCAACUUCAUUUACAAAUCAACGACCCAAUAGUAUUAUACGUAAAAACAUAUCACGACCACCUAGUCUUAGUAAUAUGUAUCGUGGUGAUACAUCAUCAUUAUUCUCUUCAAAUUUAUCUAGUCAACAACAACAACAACGUUUUGGUACAUUACGUGAAACUUUAACUACCGGUUUCAAUCGUCGUCUAUCAAAUCAUUCCAAUGGUUAUUAUUUACCGACUACUACUACUAAUAAUACAACAUUCUCACAUUCACAUUUAUCUGAUUUUAAAAAUACUAAUCCAAUAAUACAACAACAGCAACAACAGUCCAAUAAUUAUUCCAUGCAAAAUUUCCAUUCGAUUCGUUCAAAUUCCACUGUCAACAAAGUAGGCAGUCGAUUGAAUGCUGCUCUUUCUUUGCCAUUACUUUCUAACACUCCUAAUAUACGCUAUCCAACAUCGUUUAAUCAUCCUAAUACUGUUCCUUUCACAUCAACCAAUCAUGUAGAUAGUUCAACUUUAUCUAAUGCUGAUGGUAUUUCUACUGUGAAUCAUAAUAAUAAUAAUAUAAGUAGUAGUAUUAGUAGUAAUAGUAAUCCUUCGAAUUUCUCAUUGCACACCAACAUCCACAACACGCACAACACCAGCAACAAUACAACGAAUAGUAGUAAUGCUAAAACUACUUCCAAUAAAGUGACACGUUUUAAAAUCAAAUGGAAAGAUGGAUGAAUGAAUGAAUAACUGAAUGUGCCAUCUUUAUUAUUAUUAUAUAUUAUAGGCUAUCGAGUCUUUCUGUUUGUUUGUUCUAAAUCUCUCUCCGUCUCUCUCUCACUUUGUGCAGUUAGUCAGUUUCUUUUUUGUAUUUCUAUUUUCUGUUUUUUUCCCUACACAUUUUGUGUGUGUGUGUGUGUGUUUGUGUA